AUGGGACACAUCGACAAUGACUCGGGCGUGCCCACGUAUUGGGGCAAGUCCGGCAAGACUUUGCAGAAACUGAUCACCAUGGUUGCGACCACCGACUUUCUGCUGUUCGGUUACGAUCAGGGUGUCAUGUCCGGCAUCAUCUCCGCCCCGGAUUUCAUCCAAGACUUCCCCGAAGUUGACGGGGACAGCACCUACGAAGGUUUCGUCGUGUCCAUCUACGCCGUCGGUUGCUUCCUCGGCGCCUGCUUCAUCCUUGCUGUUGGCGACAAACUCGGCCGCCGCUACUCCAUCUUCCUCGGUGCUUCUGUCAUGAUUAUUGGUGUCACCAUCCAGCUCGCUUCUGUCCCUGGCCAUAACAAUAUGGCGCAGUUCAUUAUCGGGCGCUGCAUCACAGGUAUCGGCAACGGCAUCAAUACUUCGACGGUACCCAUGUGGCAGGCAGAAUGCAGCCACCAUAGCAACCGUGGAAAGCUUAUUUGCAUUGAGGGUGGAAACGUCGCUAUUGGCACAUUGAUUGCCUACUGGAUCGACUACGGCUGCACGUAUGGGCCCCACGACAUGGUCUGGCGGUUCCCUAUCGCUUUCCAGUGUUUCUUCGCCAUCAUCGUCAUCAUCAUGAUGACGAACCUUCCCGAGUCACCUAGAUGGCUCCUGACGCAUGAUCGAGGCGACGAGGCCGCAACGAUUUUGGCAGCCCUAAACGACAAGCGGCGUGACAGUCCAGAAAUCCAGGCUGAGAUUAGUAUCAUCAACGAUGCCAUCGUUGCUUCCGGCCAGGUCAACGGUAAAACCCCCUUCUCCGAACUGUUCACCGGCGGCCCCACUCAGCACUUCCGCCGCCUCCUUCUGGGCGCCUCUUCUCAGAUGAUGCAGCAGCUAUCGGGUUGCAAUGCCGUCAUCUACUACUUCCCCAUUCUGUUCCAGACCUCGCUCAACACCUCUCACAACCUGGCGCUGCUCCUCGGUGGUGUGAACAUGGUCGUCUACUCCCUUUUCGCUACGACCUCGAUGUUUGCUGUCGAGCGUGUUGGGCGCCGCAAGCUCUUCCUCAUCGGAACCGUCGGACAAUGCCUAUCCAUGGUUCUCACCUUUGGUGCAUUGAUUCCCGGUACUCAGUCAGCAGCCAAGGGCGCUGCUGUCGGUCUAUUUACCUACAUUGCUUUCUUUGGCGCCACCUGGCUGCCUCUUCCCUGGCUGUACCCAGCCGAGAUCAACCCGAUGAAGACCAGAGCGAAGGCAAAUGCUACUUCGACUGUCAGCAACUGGCUGUGGAACUUCUUCAUCGUCAUGAUCACACCGGUGCUCUUACAGAACACCGGCAUCAGUGGUUGGGGAACUUACCUGUUCUUCGCCAUCUUGAACGCCAUGUUCUUCCCAAUCAUCUACUUCUUCUACCCCGAGACCGCGGGUAGAACUCUGGAGGAGAUUGAUGUGAUCUUUGCCAAAGGUCAUGGCGAGAAGAUCAGCUACGUCAAAGCUGCGAAGGAAUUGCCUCACCUCGACGCCAACGAAGUGCAGGAGAAGGCUAAAAUAUAUGGCUUCGCUGUCCAAGAUGAGGAAGUUGGUGCUACCUCUUCGGUGAAGGAGCAUGGUAUCCUGUCGCCCAACUCUUCGGAUUAA